GUCGGCCUCAGCCCGCCGCGCCGCCCUCAGAACAGCUCCAGCAGCCGCGCCGCCUGGCUUCUCGCUUUCCUUGUUCUCCGCGGGCCGUGGGGGGCUCCGCGCCGCGGCUGUUCGUCAUGUCGGAUUCUGGAAGUUACAGUCAGUCUGGGGGUGAGCAGCAAAGUUAUUCUUCCUAUGGAAAUCAAGGCAGUCAAGGCUAUGGACAAACAUCACAAAGCUAUUCUGGCUAUGGGCAAACGACUGAUUCUUCGUAUGGACAAAACUAUGGUGGCUACUCCAGUUAUGGACAGAAUCAAUCAGGUUAUUCACAGUCCUAUGGUAGUUAUGAGAAUCAAAAGCAGAGCUCAUACGGCCAGCAGUCAUAUAAUAACCAGGGACAACAAAAUGCGGAAUCAUCAGGAGGCCAAGGUGGAAGAGCACCUUCAUAUGGCCAGUCAGACUAUGGUCAGCAAGACUCUUAUGACCAGCAGUCAGGCUAUGGUCAGCAUCAAGGCUCAUAUGAUGAGCAGUCAAAUUAUCAGCAACAUGAUUCCUAUAAUCAAAACCAGCAGUCUUACCAUUCACAAAGGGAAAACUACAGCCACCACACACAAGAUGACCGUCGUGACGUGAGUAGGUAUGGAGAAGAUAAUAGAGGAUAUGGCGGGUCACAGGGAGGAGGUAGAGGGCGUGGGGGAUAUGACAAGGAUGGAAGAGGUCCUAUGACAGGCUCAAGUGGUGGUGACCGCGGUGGCUUCAAAAAUUUUGGUGGUCACAGGGAUUAUGGACCCAGACCAGACGCUGAUUCAGAGUCUGAUAAUUCAGAUAACAACACAAUCUUUGUGCAAGGACUUGGGGAGGGUGUGUCUACAGAUCAAGUGGGAGAGUUCUUUAAACAAAUAGGAAUCAUCAAGACUAACAAAAAGACUGGAAAACCAAUGAUAAAUCUUUACACAGACAAAGACACAGGGAAGCCAAAAGGGGAAGCAACAGUGUCAUUUGAUGACCCUCCAUCAGCUAAGGCAGCCAUUGAUUGGUUUGAUGGAAAAGAAUUCCAUGGAAACAUCAUUAAAGUGUCGUUUGCCACCAGAAGGCCUGAAUUCAUGAGAGGUGGGGGAAGUGGAGGUGGACGACGAGGGCGUGGAGGAUAUAGAGGCCGUGGAGGUUUUCAGGGUCGAGGUGGAGACCCCAAGAAUGGGGACUGGGUUUGCCCUAAUCCGUCAUGUGGAAAUAUGAACUUUGCUAGAAGGAAUUCCUGCAAUCAGUGCAAUGAGCCUAGACCGGAAGACUCUCGUCCCUCAGGAGGAGAUUUCCGAGGGAGAGGCUAUGGUGGAGAAAGGGGCUACAGAGGUCGUGGGGGCAGGGGUGGAGACCGAGGUAGCUACAGUGGAGACAGAAGUGGGGGUGGCUAUGGUGGAGACAGAAGUGGGGGUGGCUACGGUGGAGACAGAAGUGGGGGUGGCUAUGGUGCAGAUAGAGGAGGCGGCUAUGGUGGAGACCGAGGGGGUUAUGGUGGAGACCGAGGAGGUUAUGGUGGAGACCGAGGGGGUUAUGGUGGAGACCGAGGGGGUUUUGGCGGAGAUCGAGGGAGUGGCUAUGGAGGAGAUAGAGGAGGCUUCAGAGGCGAUCGAGGAGGAUAUGGAGGAGACCGAAGCAGGGGGGGUUAUGGAGGAGACUGUGGUGGUGGCGGAAGUGGAGGCUAUGGUGGAGACCGAAGUGGAGGUGGCUACGGAGGAGACCGAAGUGGAGGUGGCUAUGGAGGAGACCGAAGUGGGGGUUAUGGAGGCAAAAUGGGAGGAAGAAACGACUACAGAAAUGAUCAGCGUAACCGACCGUACUGAUAACUCUUUUGAAUCCUCUGUCUCUGACGUGGUCUGCAGUGGAGCUGUCAGAGUUUGCCUGCUGCUUUCCUCCUGGCCUCUGGGUAGUGAAAUUGACAUUGGGCUUUUAUUUGGGUGGGAGGGCUGGGGACAAUUUUCCUUUUAGCAAGGUCCAUUGAAAUUUUCCCUUUUAGUUUCCCACCUUCUCCUUCCCAACCCUUAAAGCUAAGUGCGUUGUAAAAUAUUGCCAAAUGGAAAGUGUUUUGUAAUACUGCAAUAAAAGCUGCUUGUUUUUUGUGGAUAUUGGGUAUGUUAUUUGCCACACUUAGGACUCAGUCACAGCAAACUAACCCUACAGAAUUUGAAAUUAAUAUUACCUGAGUAAAUUUAAAUGCUGUUUCCAAGGUCAUAAGCUCCUGCUUUGUUCAGAAUAGUAGGAAGACUUUGGGUACCUAAGAUACCUAGGGCAAUCAAAGAUUACUUCUGAUUACCUGAAAGGACUUUGAUUACAGCCCCAGCUUCACUGCCAUGUGGUGGAGCAGAGCUUGGUGUGGGGUGUUAGGGAGUCAGU